UUACAAAACAUUUUAAACUGUAGUCCUUCUCUGGCUGAGAUUCUAGGGUCUUUUGAUGCCGGGUUUUAUCAUCAGUCUGCUCACUACCAUCUUCUCUUCUUUUUCUGUAUAAUUUAAAGUUUUGGUUUUUUUUUCUAAGAAUUGGUUUUGGAUGUGCACGGUUGUUGAGAGGGAUCAAAGUUAUUGAAUGAAUCAGUUGGCUGUAGAUCUCAGUGAAGCUAGAGAUUUCCAUAGAAGCAAAAGCUCAACUAUAAACUUUCUAUUUUGUGUUCUGACAAUUUAUCCAUGGAAGUGUCUUUGCAAUUGCAAAGACCAUUGAGAUACAAAGCUCUGCUUAACCACAGGACUGAUUGUUUCAAGAUCAAUUCUUUGCCUUUUGCGAGAACUGUACUGUUCAUUCCGUGGCGAAGUGAGUGCCUUGCUGGAAGGGUUCAACAUAAAGUUACUGCUAGUGCAGCAGAUUUUUCAAAGAGGAGACGAAGAAAAUUGUCUUCCGGUUCAUCUCCAAAGGGCUUCACCCCGAAAAAUCAAGCAGGAACAAGUGACGAGAAGAGGUAUCAAAAGAAUAAUGAUGAGGAGGAGGAUUCAAGCAUUCCUACAUCGAGAGAGUUUGAAAAGCCCAACAAAACGGAAAUUGAAUCAAAAGCUGAUGAAGAAUUGACCAUUGGAUAUGUAGCAUCAACUGGAAAAGAGCUAGCUGUUGCCAAAAGCAAUUUGAAUGCAGAAAAUGGAAGUGUAAGUAAGUUUGUUGAAGAUGUAGCGGGGUUACAGAAGAAAGAAGUAAUUUUGGAAAAUGAUACUGUGAGUACAUCAAGAUAUAUAAUUUCUGAAGGAAAGCAAUUGGAUGACACAAUAACUGAUGAGACUGUUGCUGAAGGGAAGCAUUUGGAUGGUACAAUAGCUGAUGACAUUGUUACUGAAGGAAAGCAUUUGGAUGGUACAAAAACUGAUGACAAUGAUAUUCUAAAGGAUGAAAGUGUUGAGCCUGAUGAAAAAACAGUUGAAGAUAUUUUGGCAAAACUGAAGUUGGAGAUGGAAGAAAACUUGCGUAAACAGGAAAUCGAGGGGCUUGCAGAUGAAAACUUCUUGAAGGGGAACAAAAUUUUUGUUUAUCCUCAGAUUGUAAGGCCCGGUGAAGAAAUAGAAGUGUUCUUUAAUAGGAGCUUAUCCCCUUUAAAUGAUGAGCCAGAUAUUCUAAUCAUGGGAGCCUUCAAUAGCUGGCGAUGGAGAUCCUUCACUAUAAGGUUGAAUAAGACUCAUCUCAAACCGGAUUGGUGGUCUUGCCAGAUUCAUGUUCCGAAGGAAGCUUACAAGAUGGAUUUUGUGUUCUUUAAUGGACAGAAUUUAUACGACAAUAAUGACAAAAAAGAUUUCUGCAUUACCGUGGAGGGUGGAAUGGAUGAGUUUGCUUUUGAAGAUUUCUUGCUUGAGGAGAAAAGAAGGGAACUAGAGAAAUUUGCAAAAGAGCAAGAAGAAAAGAAAAGGCAGGAAGAAGAGCAAAGAAGAAUAGAAGCAGAGAAGGCAGCAAACGAAGAAGACAGAGCACAAGCAAAGGCGGUCGUUCAAAAGAGGCGAGAAAUAUUGGAACGGUGGAUGAAAAAUGCUGCAAGAUCGGCUGAUAACAUUUGGUUCAUAGAGCCUAAUGAAUUCAAAGGGGCAGACAAGGUCAAGUUAUAUUAUAAAAAAACUUCAGGCGCUCUUGCUCAUGCCAAUGAACUUUGGAUUCAUGGAGGGCAUAAUAAUUGGAGUGAUGGAUUAACAAUUGUUGAAAAGCUUGUCAGAUCAGAGAGAGAGGGUGGUGAUUGGUGGUAUACAGAAGUUGUUAUACCCGACCGAGCCCUGGUGUUAGAUUGGGUAUUUGCUAAUGGACCACCAAAGGUUGCCACUAUAUAUGAUAACAACAAUCGUCAAGAUUUUCAUACUAUUGUCCCCAAAAACAUUCCUGAAGAGCUGUUCUGGGUUGAGGAAGAACACCAAGUGUUUAGGAAGCUUCAAGCAGAGAGGAAACUAAGAGAGGAGGCCAUACGUGCAAAGGCUGAAAAAACAGCACGUUUGAAAGCUGAAUUGAAGGAAAGAACAUUGAAGAGAUUUCUGCUUUCUCAAAAACAUAUAGUUUAUACCGAGCCUCUUGAUGUUCAUGCAGGAAGCACUGUUACAGUUUUCUACAAUCCUGCAAACACAGUACUUAAUGGAAAACAAGAAGUAUGGUUCAGAUGUUCGUUUAAUCGUUGGACUCACCGUAUGGGUCCAUUACCUCCUCAGAGAAUGUUGCCUGCAGAUAAUAGUUCUCAUGUAAAAGCAAUUGUCAAGGUUCCAUUGGAUGCAUAUAUGAUGGACUUUGUAUUCUCUGAGAGGGAAGAUGGUGGAAUUUUUGACAACAAAGAGGGUAUGGAUUACCAUAUACCUGUUUUGGGAGGAAUUGUGAAAGAGCCACCUAUGCACAUUGUGCAUAUUGCUGUUGAGAUGGCCCCCAUUGCAAAGGUUGGAGGUCUUGGUGAUGUUGUUACUAGUCUCUCUCGUGCUGUUCAAGAUUUAAACCACAACGUGAACAUCAUUCUUCCAAAGUAUGACUGCUUGAACCUUAGCCAUGUGAAGGACUUGCAUUACCAAAGAAGCUAUUCCUGGGGUGGCACUGAAGUUAAAGUUUGGUUUGGUAAAGUGGAAGGCCUUUCAGUCUAUUUUCUGGAGCCACAAAAUGGAAUUGUCUGGAAAGGUUGUGUUUAUGGUUGCAAUAAUGAUGCAGAGAGGUUUGGCUUCUUUUGUCAUGCUGCUCUCGAAUUUCUACACCAAGGUGGACUUCAGCCUGAUAUCAUCCAUUGCCACGAUUGGUCUACUGCCCCAGUUGCGUGGUUAUUUAAGGACAAUUACAUGCAUUAUGGUCUUAGCAAAACUCGGGUUGUCUUCACCAUACAUAACCUUGAAUUUGGAUCACACUUCAUUGGGAAAGCUAUGCAGUAUGCAGACAAGGCUACAACUGUAUCAUACACAUAUGCAAAGGAGGUUGCUGGAAAUCCUGCAGUUGCUCCUAAUCUUCACAAGUUCCAUGGAAUAUUAAAUGGAAUUGACUUGGAUAUUUGGGAUCCGUACAACGAUAAGUUCCUUCCUAUACCUUACACUUCAGAAAAUGUUGUUGAAGGCAAACGAGCCGCCAAGGAAGCCUUGCAGCAAAGGCUUGGUUUGAAGAAAUCUGAUCUUCCUGUGGUUGGAAUUAUUUCUCGCUUAACUCACCAGAAAGGAAUCCAUCUUAUGAAGCAUGCAAUUUGGCACACCUUAGAACGUAACGGACAGGUUGUACUACUUGGCUCAGCUCCUGAUCCUCGCAUCCAAAACGAUUUCGUGAAUUUGGCCAAUCAGCUGCAUUCAACUCAUGGGGAUCGAGCUCGCCUUGUUUUGACCUAUGAUGAACCUCUCUCUCACUUGGUAUAUGCCGGUGCUGAUUUCAUUCUGGUUCCCUCUAUUUUUGAGCCUUGUGGACUGACACAACUGACAGCAAUGAGAUAUGGUUCCAUUCCCGUUGUUCGUAAAACAGGAGGACUGUAUGAUACUGUAUUUGAUGUUGACCACGAUAAAGCUAGAGCUGAAGCACAAGGCCUUGAGCCCAAUGGAUUUAAUUUCGACGGAGCUGAUAGUGCUGGAGUCGAUUAUGCCCUCAAUAGGGCAAUCUCUGCUUGGUACGAUGGUCGGGACUGGUUUUACACGUUAUGCAAGAGGGUGAUGGAGCAAGAUUGGUCAUGGAACCGGCCUGCGCUUGAUUAUAUGGAGCUGUACCAUGCGGCAAAGAAGUACUAGAAGUCUACUAAAGCAAAGAUGCAAAUGGUUAGCAUCUGCAAUAGCAUGUACAUUGUUUAGUGACGUACCUUUCACUGCCAUAGUUUUAGCCCUUAAAAUUCCGUUGGAUCCAUUUUUAUGUAUCAUAAAGCAAUAGGCUCUCUUCAAAAUAAGG